GCUGCAGCUGCAGGUGGGAGGCAGCCACCUGGGAUCUUCAGGAAGCCUUCAGACCGCGGGCUCGGGCCCGGCCCCUGGGUUCAGGGUGUGAGUGAGACGAGUGCGGGCAGGGCUUGGCCUUGCCCUCUGCUAGGGGGAGAGGCGGAGCCUGUUGGGAACACCUUUUGGAGCCCAAGCGCCUGCGGGACCCUUUGGCAGCUGGGGACUGGAAGCAACGGAACCAAAGGCAGACGGUCCUCGGUUGCUGGGGCGGACGUGGGCCCAAUCUGUCCGUUCUCGCAAGUUUCCCCCAGGGCUGGGACCUGGGCGAGCGGCAAAUUCAGAAUUUCCCGGACUGUAGUGGUUGUCGCAGGCCCGAGUUGGAGGCUAACUGAGAAAUCUUCGUUCCUCAGAUUUGUUGAUCUACAGAAUGCUUCGAUACCCAUAUUUUUGUAGAAUCCAUAAAAAUUUUCUUUCAUGCUGGUUGGAAUCUGGCAUAUUUAAUUUGGGUGUCUGGCCAAAAAAAAUACAUGCUACAGCAGAAAGAUAUAAUGAAUAUGAAGCCCAGGAGGAAACAGAUCAAACUGGAGUUGAGGAGUUACACAGAUCUCAAGAUAGAGAUUCUGAAGUGAUGACUAAGUUACAUAUUCCAGUGAUGGUGGAUGAAGUUGUUCGUUGUUUGGCACCACAAAAAGGGCAGGUUUUUCUAGAUAUGACGUUUGGUUCAGGAGGACACACAAGAGCCAUUCUACAGAAGGAGCCAGAUAUUACUCUGUAUGCAUUAGACAGAGACCCAACAGCAUAUGCAAUAGCUGAACAGCUUUCAGAAUUGUACCCUAAACAGAUCCGAGCCAUCCUAGGCCAGUUCAGCCAGGCAGAAGCCUUACUAAUGGAAGCUGGAGUACAGCCAGGGACCUUGGAUGGAGUUCUUUUGGAUCUUGGGUGUUCCUCCAUGCAACUUGAUACCCCUGAAAGAGGUUUUUCCCUUCGGAAGGACGGCCCCUUGGACAUGAGAAUGGAUGGUGACAGGUACCCUGAUAUGCCCACCGCAGCUGAUGUUGUGAAUGCGUUAGAUCAACAGGCACUUGCAUCCAUCCUGAGAACAUACGGAGAGGAGAAGCAUGCCAAGAAAAUCGCUUCAGCAAUUGUUCAGGCACGCAGCCUCUACCCCAUCACCAGAACCCAGCAGCUUGCCAGCAUUGUUGCAGGUGCAUUUCCUCCCUCUGCUCUUUAUGCGCGAAAAGAUUUGCUACAGCGAUCUACCCAUAUUGCUACAAAGACUUUUCAAGCUUUUCGCAUAUUUGUGAACAAUGAGCUCAAUGAACUUUACACAGGACUGGAGACAGCUCAGAAGUUUCUGAGACCUGGUGGUCACCUUGUUGCCCUCUCCUUCCAUUCACUGGAGGAUCGCAUCAUCAAACGAUUCCUGCUUGGGAUAAGCAUGACAGAAAGGUUUAACCUAAGUGCUAGACAGAAAGUGAUACAAAAAUCACAGCUGGAUUCAGAUCAGGAAAACAAGAAGCACGUCUCUGUAGGAAAGGCCCCUUUAACAUGGAAAUUGAUGCACAAGAAGGUACUUACUCCAGAAGAUCAAGAUGUACAGGAUAACCCCAGAGGACGCUCCGCCAAGCUUAGAGCAGCUAUCAAAUUAUGAGAAAGUUUUCAUCAUCUAAUCCUUCAAGAUUUUCCUCACAGUUUCUCAUGUGAUAUUCCUGGACAACCUAAUGUAAGAAAGUUCGGGAUAUCUAAAGCUAUAUAACUAUAUAUGUGUGGAUCUAGAGGGUAUCUAGCUUUUUUUUUUUCCUCAAAAAGAAAAUGUAAGAAAUAUUAGCAUGACGUAGAAAGCUCAAUUCAAGGAGCAGCAGUACCUCAAAACUGGAAAAGUAUGUUUAUCUUAGCAAUAUAUUUGACUUUUGAAAUGGUUAAAUUCUGGUUAAAUCCUUUCUUUAACCAGGAAAUUUUUUAAAAGAAGAAGAGGAGAAUAUUGUAUGUAAAAUCAAGUUGUCAAAAGAGAGAUUUUAAUUGUAUCUGCAUGCCCAGAUUCUGAAUUUAGAUAUUCAGAUUUGCAACAGACUGUCUGUGAUUCAAAUAGUUAAUAAUGAUCAUGGAAUUUAUUUUAAUUUUUCUCUUGGGAACAGCUUUCUCAAAUACAGGUAUUACCAUUUUGAAAGUGCAUUACACUGAUAAAUUUAAAUACUGAAUUAUAGUGUUUAUUGUCUUAAGGAGAUUUUUCCAUAUGAUAUGUGCCAUGUUUUCAUAUAUUGCAAACUAAAAAUAUAGAAUUGCUCUAAUAGCCUUCACAGAGGAUAUUUCAUAAAACUUAUAUUUGAAUUCAGUUGUAUUUAUUAUAGUAAUAGCCCAGAAUGCUUUUGAUAAAUAGUGAAAUCUCUUAUCAUUUGAAUCCUGCAUUUUAAACUGAGCUAUUCAAAAUAGUCAAAGUCUAUUGAAAUGGAAAAGUUUAUCAUCUAUUCCAGAUACUAAAAUCUGUGUGCUGUUAAUUUUCUUAUUUACAAAUAAUAACUAAUUGUAAAAUGUUUUCUCAGGCAGCCACAUGGUAGAGGAUUCUUUAAUAAAUAGUUGAAAUUAAUUCAUAAUUCACAUAACUUUUUAUGCGUAAGUAUGCAUUUCUGAUUUAUUCAGUUAUGAUGCAAGUACUGAAAUACAGAAACAAAGGUGAGUAAAAUAUCCAUAGCCCAAAGUACCAGUCCUGUGGAGUUUAUAGUCUAGCAAAGAAGAGUGAUGGUAAUUAACUAAUCACAAAAAUUAAUAUAAAAUCGACGAAGUGGUAAGGGCUGUAUAGAAGUAGUAUGCUGUGCUGUGCUGUGUUUAGUCAGUACCAUAAAUACAUCCAAUAGGGAUUUCAUCUACUAAAGGAAACCAGGUCUGACAACAUGGUACUUGAUUUAUGACUCACAGAAUGAAUAAGAGUCAAAGGAUACAUGAGCAUGUUGAUUAAAGGUACAUGUCAAUGAUUGUUUUCUUAAGUAGUUCCCCUUGAAGUCAUAUUUAUACUGUUAAUUUGCUCAGUAAACUAUUUAUUCAAAUACAGGAAAAGUUCAUCUUAUCAAUUAUGAUUACAGAGCCUAAGCUGGCGAACCUAGUGAAUAAAUUAUCAACAGAAUUAGAUGGGCGAAAGAUAAGAAUUAAAAACUUAGAUUUAUCUCAGACUUACUUUCUCUACCUUCGUAAUAGUUAACUUUGGUUCCCAAGUUUGUUUACCACUUUUAAUUUACAAACUGUUAAAACCUGAGGAUGUCCCAGGUGGCGCAGUGGUAAAGAAUCACCUGCCAACUCAGGAAACACAAGAGACAUGAAUUUGAUCCCUGGGGUCAGGAAGACUCCCCUGGAGUAGGAAAUGGCAAUCCACUCCAGUAUUCUUGCCUGGAAAAUUCCAUAGACAGAGGACCCUGGUGGGCUACAGUCAAGGAGAUUGUGAAGAGUUGGACGUGACUAAGAGACUGAGUAUACACGCACAUUCAAAUCUGAAGAAUUCUGCAGUGAAAUCAGAAUAAGAAAAUAUUCUAGGGAGCAAUGUGCUCAAAUUAGAAAUGAAUGUACCUAGUUUAAUCCUCUGAAUCCUUCCUAAAGAAUUUUGUAAGUUCCUCUUUGUAUGUAAGUCAUAUUUGUGAAUGAGAAUGAUUCCCAAAGGUAGGUGCCCAUCUGAGUAUGUGAUUAGAAUACAAAAGAUUGCAUGUAAUAUUCAGGAAUGAUUCACCUAUGUCAUCAAUCAUGUUUGGAUGUUAUAUAACAUGGGAAUUUUUUCAUUAAUGUUAACUGGAAGCUGCCUGCAUUGACUGGGUUGGAUGACAUCCUUCCAGAAUCCAUGUCUUUUCCAAAACAUCAUAAUGUGUGACCUUAUUUGGAAAUUUAGCUAUUACAGAUGUUAGCAGUUAAGACGUAAUACUGGAACAGAGAAGGCCCUUAACCCCAUAUAUCUGUGUCCUUAUAAGAAGAGAAGAAAGACAGAGACACAAGGGAGAAUGCCACAUGAAGACAAAAGCAGAGACUGAAGUGAUGUAUCUACAAGCCAGGGGACACCAAGAAUUGCUGGCAACCAUAAGAAGCUAGGUGAGAAGCAUGGAGUAGAUUCUCCCUCAGGAACUUUAGUAGGUAUUAAUAACUGCUGAAACCUUGGUUUCAGACUUCCAACCUCCAGAACAGUUAGAGAAUAGAUUUCUGCUAUCCUCUGCUGUCCAAUCUGUGGUAGUUUAUUAUGGCAGCCUUAAGAGACUAGUACUCUGACCCACCCAAAAAAAAAAAAUCUUGAAUAUGCGUGAAAAAAACCCUGCUUCAAUAAACACAAAAUCAGCUUCAAAAUAUUAUAGUGUAAAAACACAUUAUCUAUUUUUUAUAAUUAGGCUGUUUGUGACAAUCAUUCUUACCUUCCUCUUAGUCUUAGUUGUAGGAUGAAUAAUCAAAUACAUGGAUGAGUUUCAAAUAAUUAACACUGGAGAAUGGUUUUGGGGAAUUUAUACAGUACAUAUAGAAAAUAAAAACAGAUUAUUAAAAUGAAUAUACAUUGCUUUUCCAAUAAAAUAUAAAUUAUAUAAAACAAGCAAUUGUUUUGCAUUUCUAAAUCUUUCUAUUGACUGGUUCUGCCAGUCAUUUUAUAUAACAUAGAUCCCAUUGUGUAGGACAUCAAUUCUUAACAGUUUUAAUAAUUGUUCAUUAAGAAAUGAAAUUUAAUAACUACAUACAAUUUUUAGUUGAUACUCCUAUUUUGUAUGUUCAUUUUGUUUUGACAAUUAUAUGUUGGUUAUUAUGUAAUCUUUGAAAUUUCUACGUUAAUUUCAGGGGAAGACACUAAUAAUAUCUAUUUUUUUCUAUUUCAUGUAAUAUGUGAUAUAUGGUUUGUGCUUAAAUUCAUUUAUAUUGAGCUGUUUAUUAUAUUACAAACAAUAGUUAAUAAGAAAAUACACUAUGCCUCACUAGGUUUUUGAGGUUAACUAAAACCUCUUAAAAUUAGCUUGUAAAUAUUUGAAAAUCGUAUUUUCUUUAGUCUUUGCAGAGUGUUACAUAUGUUCAGAGGUUUAUAAAAUUCUAAUUUUUGUUUUUAAAUAAGAAGCAUAAAUAAUAAUUUAUGAAUUUA